AAAAGCGCUGUUCCACUACUCCAGCUUUACACUCAAGGCUUUUAUAUGGAUUUGAAAAUGCUGCAGAGAUCAUUAGAGACCAUUUCUCCUGGUGUUUGUUGAGAAUAAGCUUGUAAUAGUACUGGUACAGUAUUUCUGUCUGUGCAGAGCUGUUAUGAAUCAGUGCUCGGUGGGCAUCUGCAUGGCAACAGUGAAAAUCACGACUUGACAACGAGAUUUGGGGACGAUCGACUGACAGACUGAAAAGGAUUAUCUCCCAUAAUGCAGCAUGAAGUUGUGACUGGAUUGUAAACAUUGCCAUGGCACAGAUUCAGAUUGACAAGUCACAUCUUCCACAUGUCUAUGAUGUGUGCCAGUGUUUCUCAGUGCUAGAGGAUGGUGCAUUGGCACAUAGUCUUCAGGAACAGGAGAUCGAGCAGUUUUACAGCUCCAAUGUGCAGAGGAGCCAGGCAGUACAGAGCGAUGUGCGUCUGGCCCGGAGACUUCAGGACGAGGAGGAGGAGAGGGAUCAUCUCAAACAUCGACUUCAACAGCUAGAAAAACAGGACUGUGAGUAUGCCAAAAUGAUUCAAGAAGAACUGCACAGAUGUGAUGAGGAAUCUCAACAGAGGGAGGAAGAAGACAAGGUGCUGGCCAAACGGCUACAGGAGGAGGAAGAGAUGAAAAUUAGGCAGCAUAGAUCUGAGGCUGGUUACCAUGGGAACAGUGACGAAUCGCCACUCAAUGAAGGGAUGGAGAUGUGGGAGCAGAUGAUGAGGGAUGCUGAGCUGGCUCGUAGACUACAGGAAGAAGAGGAUAGUCAGCCUCAGAGGAGGAGCUGUGGAACAGAUGUGGACUUUUGUGCUGCACAAGUUGCCCAAGAUGAGGAGCUUGCUCGCUACAUGCAACGGCAAGAGAAAAAGAGCAACAGGAAAUCACAUGACCUAGUGUUACCAGAGAGGUCACAUGAUCCCAGAGACACAAAAAAAGCUCCUAGCAGAAAUGUUGAACCACUGCAUGUUCUGAGAGAGAGACUGAACUCAGAGGGUAUGCAUUCACCAGUGGAUGAGGAGCCAUCUAUGGAGCAGCACCCACUACACCUAACAUGCAGUUCAACGCUGAUGCAGCCCAGCCAUAACAUUGCAGAAGACCUGGACCCAACAUUCACAGGCAGAAAAAAGGAAAGCCAGCUAUCAACCAGCCCGUCUUCUGAAAUAUUUUUGGGUCCUCGCACUCCUCACAGUGUUUUCUACGACUACCUACCAGAACCUGCAUUUGUCCGACCAACCAGACGUCAUGAGAAGAAAUCAGGGUUCCAUAGAUCCAAAGAGAAACGGGAAAACUGUAAGCAGCAGUAGUGUUAUACAGCACCAUGAAACUGUACAACAGAGACCCAAUAGUAUUAUUUUAGUAUUUCACUGUAAAGUUUAAUUCUGAGUUUGUGCUAUAUUUGGAUAAAGAUUAUUUACAUAAAAUGUACCCCAGAUGCCUUUUAGAUGUUUAAAUCUGAUCGCUUAAAGUGUUUCAGGUGAACGUCUUAAUACACAAAAACUCUUUUAGUUAUAAGUAAGUGUGAAUACAGAAAUAAAAAAACUGAAGAGAGAAAAAGAAAGAUGACUUUUGGAAAACAUUUUUGCACUGCAUUUAUGCCCUAUUUGUUGUCAUUUGCACAAUUAAAUUUAGUAAAUCACCUGCAACAAACACUGUAACCACACCUGCAGUCUAUAGCAUUAAGCUGAACUGUGUUAAUCCUCUUAAUUAGUACUCUUUAUUAGGGUUUUAAUAAAUCAGGGCCGUCCUGUGGAGAUGAUGACUGGGGGGUCAGACAAAGCACAAUAUUUACUCUAAGACUUCUGGAUUAUGCUGUUUGUAAUACAGUUUAUUUAAAAUAAUUAAUAAAGCAGUAUAUUGGACUGGAAAUAGUUGCUGUUGUUUCAUGCACAAACUCAAUCAUAGACUAAUUUGCUUGAGCAAAAAACUUGAUGUUUCUGUGUAUCAGUUAUAUAGUUCAUGCUUAGGUCGAAA